AAAUAAUGCCUCCAUCGUUUUUCGAUACAAUGGAACAUCUUAUAAUACAUCUUCCGUAUGAGGCUUUGACUGCUGGGCCCGUCUUCUAUCACUGGAUGUACAGAUUUGAAAGAUUUCUAGGAGAGCUGAAAAAGAAAGUGACCAACAAGGCACACGUUGAGGCUUCAAUUUGUCAAGCGUAUCUUCAACAAGAAAUCUCAACGUUCUCGUCUUUUUACUUCGAGCGUGACGUCAUCACCAGAAGGAAGAGACCUGCCCGGAACGAUGACAUUGGCGAGGAUUUAUAUGAAAAUGUAGUUUCCAUCUUCAAUUACCCAGGCAGAGGUAAAGGUGCUGCGACACA